AUGUUGGGGCGUCAUCGAGACAGCAAGGCUUGCUGCAACCGUUUUUUGCUCCUAAAGAGAAAGUUCAUCCAAGACGCCAACAAAGCAGACUCCACCAGCAGCACUCCCGGCCCCAGCACUGUUCCCAGCAUCAUGAGCGGCUGUGGCCUGGGCGGCGGCGUUGACUCGGACGACCCGUUUGACUCAGAAGAGUCAAUGAUGGACUUUCCUGUGCCGCCCAUGCCCGUGCACGAGAUCAUGCGCUGCCUGCACUCCUCCGCUGCUGAAAUGGCCGCCGAAGACGGCAACCCUGAAGGAAUCGAGAAAAGCCCCUCUGACGGCGGCGCUGGUAACCCUACCACAUUUGGUAACCCUACUACUUCCGGUAACCCUGCCUCUGCUGUCCCCGGCCGAGCCACUGCUGCUGCGAAGGACGAUGAACGUGAGGCGGCGUCAGCAGGGAAAGCCGAGGGCAAUCCCCCGCUGAGCAGGACUGCUUCUUCCACCAGCGCGUCUCCCCGGAGCUCUGCGCCUGCUGGAGCAGGGAUGGAGGCAGGACGGGAGACUGACAGCACUUCCAUGCAGGCAGCUACCUGCGCCUCUCCUCGGGGCUCCACCCCUGCUGGUUCCACCCCUGCUGGAGCUGCAGGGCUGGCUUCAGCAGCCUCGUCAACUGAUUCGUCGCCGCUUACAGCGGGCGCUACUGCAAGGGCGGGGCAGGUAGCCGAGUCAUCCAGUGAUCGGGCCGACAGCAGGAAGUGUCUGGACGAGCACAACAAGGCCAUCAGUUGGUGCAUGCUCGUGUUUGCCCAUGCCAAGUGGUGGCGGGAGCAGAAGCAGAAGCGACAGCUUGGUGCAGCUGAAGCAGGAGGACCAAAAUCAAAGAAAAUGCGGCACAAACAGCAGCAGGAGCAACAGCAACAGCCGCAACCUAAGCCACCACUCCAGCAGCAGCAGCAGCAGCAGCAGCAGCAGCAGCAGCAGCAGCAGCAGCAGCAGCAGCAGAAACUGCAGCCACAGGGCCAAACCCAGGUGCGACCCCAGGUGCCACCGACGACACCACAUCAGGUGCUGCUUCAGAUGCCACAGCCUGCACCAGUUCUCACACAACAAGCAUGCCCUCAUCCUCACCAGCAAAUUCAGUGUCCCCCCAUCCUUGUGACUUACCCUCCCUCCCCCUACGCUCCUUCUUUCUCAGCCCAUCCCACUGCCCCACCCACUGCUUCUCAUACUGCUCCUCACAACGCCCCAACCACUGCACCUCACACUGCCCAUUCCACCGCCCCACCCACUGCGCUGCAUACUGCUUCUCCCACUGCACCUCACACUUCCCAUCCCACUGCCCAUACCAUUUCUCCUCACACUGUCCCUCACACUGCCCCUCACAUUGUCCCUCCCACUGCCCCUCACACUGCCCCUCCCUCUGCUCCUUAUCCAUCUCCUCUACCUCCUUCAUUCCACCCUUCCCGUCAACCCUCUUCUGUGCCACACUACCAUCCGUGUUCCAAUCCUCGUUACAAGCCACACCCUUAUUCAAACCCACGUUCUCCUUGUGAUACCCCCCUCCACUCCUCUACCGCGAGCCCAACCUACCCAGACCCAUCAGAACCAUACCCAACAGAACCACAGUAUUAUUGGUCUGCUACUGCUAUGCGGGCACCUGGUGCAGAUUUCACGUGCCCAUAUCCCAUCCCGCCUUGCACGUCCUCCAUCCCUUCAUCAUCGCAAGACCUGGAAACAUCUCAGCACUGCGGCCCAGCUGUGGGGGAAGCCAUGGGUGGAUACCUGGCUCUGUUGCAAUCUCCUGAAGCUGAACCACCUGAUGUGCAAAUGGUAAAGCAGAGGGGCUUCUGUCAAGCACAGAUUCAACGGUGUGGAUCUGUUCAUCAACAGGAAGUGUAUCUCCAAUCAACGGCCCAGGGAAAUGGAGAUUGUAUGGGCUACUAUAAAGAAGAGCUGGGUUGGGAGGUGCGGCAGCUGCAUAAUGGCUGGGAGGAAGCUUCUAAAUCGCCUCUGAAGCAGCAGACACAAACCAGAGAGGAGGCGGUUUGGCGGCAACAGGCAGAGUCAACGAGGGGGACACAGGAGGAGGCACCGCAGGAGGCACAGCAGCAGGCGCAGCAAGAGACACCGGGCCACCAUUCAGCUCUGGUAUAUCCUACGGAUGCCUUUUCUGGCAGCCAUUUUGCUUCCCCUCAUCCCACAGUUCACGCAUCAGCCCUCCCUCUGCCACCUGUCAGCGAACUCAAGCCCUGCAGCAGAGCACUCAUCUCUGCUGCUCUCAUGCCCAGCUCUGCCCAUUUGCCCACCUUCCACGGUGAACCCAGCUUGCACCAUUCACCCACCUUCCACGAUAGCAUGUUCGAGACGAGCGAUCAGCUUGCUGGGUCUGGUGGGAGCAGCGUGGCGGAGAGCAAGUGGAGUAUGCAUGAAGAUGCGGGGAAAGAGGGGCUCUUGGAGGAGAUUGGACUCAGUAAGGCGCAACUCAGUAAGGCACAUAGUGUGGGUGGGAGUGAGAGCACCAGCUGCUUCAUGCAUUUUGAUGUUUUUCUGGGCACAAGCCCGGGUAGGGAUGCAUGCAGUGGCAGACCGGAGCACGGAUACAAGGAAAGGCCUCAAGGUGCUCAUUGGUGGGAUGACCUUUUUCCAGAACUCUUGUAG